AUGGCAUCAUUGACGCACGAUCAGUACACAAUCGCGUGGAUAUGCGCCUUACCGCUGGAGAUGGCGGCGGCCCGCGCCAUGCUGAGCAAGGCUCACAGUCCCCUGCGUGACGCUUCCCCCGGUCCGAAUGCCUAUGAACUUGGCGAAUUGAACGGCCAUUUUAUAGUCAUUGCCUGCCUACCAGCUGGCGUGUAUGGAAAAGUGUCUGCCGCGGCCGUCGUAUCUCGCAUGCGCUCAAUCUUUCCUCGGCUGCAGUUUGGACUGAUGGUGGGAAUUGGAGGCGGGGUCCCGGGCAAAAGCCAUGAUAUUCGAUUAGGCGAUGUGGUGGUCAGCAAACCGGUUGGAAAAUAUAGUGGGGUAAUACAGUAUGAUUAUGGCAAAGCAGUUCAAGGUCAACUUGAGGCAAAACAAAUGACCGGGAGCGAGGAUGAUAUUUCAAAAAUAGUGUGGGAGGUACUGGAGCGAAACCCCAAUAUGAGUGAAAGAUUUUCACCCCCAGAACAGCACACAGAUUUUCUUUUUCAUUCCUCCUAUCUCCAUGGCGAUAAAGAAGACAGCUGUGACAAGUGUGACAAAGAGCAAUUAGUUAAACGACAACCGCGUGAUACCAGGACACCUUAUGUUCACUAUGGAUUGAUUGCAUCGGGAGAUAAGGUAAUAAAGGAUUCGGAAACACGAGAUCGUCUCGCUCAACGGCAUGGGAUACUCUGCUUUGAGAUGGAAGCUGCAGGCCUUAUGGAUGAGCUUCCGACACUUGUGAUCCGAGGAAUAUGCGACUAUUGUGAUUCUCAUAAGCAGAAAGAGUGGCAAGGAUAUGCAGCUUUGACAGCAGCAGCCUAUGCAAAAUUAUUGUUAUCGGUCGUGCCUCUAGAAGAACUAAUCACAAUGCAAGAUGGGCCUAGGAGGGUUGCAAUCACAGGUUUGGGAGGGGUUGGAAAAACACAAGUGGCCCUAGAGAUAGCACACCGUAUACGGGACCGAGAUAAGGACUGCUCAAUUUUCUGGAUUCCAUGUACAAGCCAUGCCAUGAUCGAGCAGACAUUCUUGAAUAUUGCACAGACACUUGAACUUCGUGAUGUGAAGCCAGGAGAAGUUAAAGAACAGAUUAAGAAAUAUCUCACAUCCAAGCGUGCUGGAGAUUGGCUUUUAAUUUUUGAUAACGCGGAUGAUUAUGAGAUGUGGCUAACAUCUAGUGACACAGCUCCAGCCCUUGAGGAUCUUCUUCCUGAGAGUGAACAAGGCCGUAUUCUAUUCACUACCCGAAACCGAAAACUCGCCAUGAAGCUGGCACCAUUCAAUACCGUUCCGAUUCCAGACGUGGAUGAAGAAACCGCACUGAGAAUUCUAGAAACAAUAUCGAAAAAUGAAGAUUUACUCAAAGAUAGUGCGAUAUCAGCUACUCUUCUAGAGCGACUAGCCUUUCUACCUUUGGCAAUUACACAGGCAGCCGCAUAUAUUAUCGAAAACGGUAUAAAUCUAUCUACCUACCUCACACUACUCCAAAAGCAGGAGCAAGAUGCUAUUGAACUCCUUAGUGAAGACUUUAGAGAUCCAGGACGCUAUAGGGAUAUUCAGAACCCCGUGAUGAGUACCUGGUUAAUAUCAUUCAAACAGAUUCAGCAUCAAGAUCAAUUGGCAGCGGAUUACCUAUUUUUCAUGGCCUGUAUCGAUCCACGAAAUAUUCCCGAGUCACUUCUUCCUCCCCAAGCAUCCAAGAAACAAAGACUUGACGCUUUGGGGCUCCUGAAUGCAUACUCAUUCACCAACAGCCAAGGAAUGGGUAUAAAUAUGCACAGACUUGUGCAUAUUGCAACCCGGAACUGGCUUAGAAAGGAGGGACUGUUUAGUGACUGGAUCGAGAGGGUGGCUGAACAUAUGCAGAAGGCUUUUCCGGAUAAUCACUACACUAAUAGAGGACUUUGGCGAGAAUAUCUCCCUCAUGCUUUAGCACUUCUGCAUGAACGUGAAUUUAUUAUACAGCAGGAACAAUACAUCGAUUUGGUUGAGAAGAUCGCAGAUUGCCUUGCUAGUGAUGGAAGAUAUCACGAAGCAGAGGAAAAGCUUCAGGAUGCCUUGGCUCUAAUAAAAAAAUGUUCUGAAUUGCGCAGCAAAGUAUUAGGGCCUAAUCACCCGGGUACCAUAUCCUGCUCUCGUGCUCUUGGCGACUGGAUAGACGAGAAAUUUCACCGGGGUCUACAGCAGCUGUAG